AUGUCCUUGACACUUUUCCCCGACGAGCUUGUCGUCCAGAUCGCAUCCUACAUCCACCCCUCAACAAACUUCAGCUUCGCAUUGGCAUGCAAGCAGUUCCUCCGCUGUUCGGAACCCUAUCUUGCGUAUCACGCCCGUUGUCAUCGCCUCCUGCGCGGUGGCAUUCAGAGCACUGAGCAGGUGCACAAAGACCACUACCUGCGCGCAACCCUCCGCAACCCGAUCGUCGCAUGGCAUAUACGAGAGGCAACGCUUGAUGCACUUCUAGAUGAUGAACGCGACGACGAUUACAAGGGAUACGUCGUCGGGAUGGAUCAAGAGCCGACUGCGCCGGCCGCGCAAUCAGAGCUCUUGGAGCUUCUGAAGCCAGGCCUGACAGACCAUGAAGAUAUCACGGUUCAGACUCGUGCGUUUGCACGCAAGCACUUCUACAUGGCAGAUGCGGACAUCAAGGUCUGGCUUGCUGGAUGGGAAGACGACGACCAGACCCAGGGCUAUUACCGACCAGCUACGCAGCCCGAAAUCAACAAGGCGGUAUUACUCGCCUGCUGCCCGCGGCUGUCUGAUGUCACCUGCACCAUGUACCAAGAUGAACUCGACUGGCCUCUCAACUUCGUCUCACAGGCAGUGAAGACAAUUUACGAAACGCCGGACCACGUAUGGCCCGAGGGCUUCCGAGCCCUUCGUUCGAUCCGCAUCGGCGUCCGCAUCGAGGGCCGUCACAAUCAGGACAGCUACGAGUACGAGGCGCGCGACAUAGCGCCGCUCUUCGUCCUGCCACACAUCGACAGCAUCUGGUUCAACGGCCUCGAGUCGCUCAUCGGUAUCCCCGAAGGCGCUUUCAUCCCGCCCCCGGGUAGCUCGCCGCUCAAGAGCCUGUACCUGCAGUGGGCUUGCAUAGAGGCCGAUGAGCUGAAGCCGCUGCUUCGGAGCGCGGCGUCUCUACGUUCGAUGACCUUCGACGCUUGCGGCAUGGGGGAAAUUCAAGAGAUUGUCGAGUUCAUGGGCGAGGUGCACGGCGACUCGCUGGAGGAGCUCGACAUCGGCGACUCGCGAUACCGAGGUAAUGAGAUGGGUACGGGGCUGCUGAGGAAAUUCAAGAACCUCCGCCGGGUCAACCUUGAUCUCGCAGACUUUCUACCACCGGGCGACGUGACCGUCGCAGACGGGGUAUACAGACGGUUACGUGCCGCGCUGCCGAGUUCUCUCGAGUCCAUCAUCUGGUCGACCAGCUACUGCGCCAAGGACGAAGAGGAACCGCUCAUCGACGAAGCGCUGGCACGACUGGUCGAGUCGGACUACAUGCCCGCUCUGAAGCACAUGUCGCUCGCCUCCUUACAGACGCGGAUCCGGGCAAACGCCUUGAUGGGUGGCAGGCCGGUGUCUGAUGAUAUCCUAGGGUUCCCCAAGACCCUGGGGGCGGGGAUACGGCACGGCGUCGAUGUCGAGGUCACGUCGCAACAACAGCAAAAAGCAUCGAGAUCAUUUCAUUUGGGGGGCACGUUUCAUUGA